UCAAAUCACAUGCAUAACCUUUUCAAUUCCUAUACUCAUACUAUAAUUACAUUCUAAUAACUAACAAAUUACAAUACCCUUUAUUUUUAUAUAUAUAUAUAUAUAUAUAUAUAUAUCUAUAUAUCUAUAUUUUAUAUUUUUCUCUUUUAUAAUUCCCAAAAUUCUUGGGUUCCACACCCUCUCACAAAGUACCAUUCCAUCUACAUCUUCUUGUCUUCUACUUGGUAUGAAACUCUUUUAUAAACUAUGAAAAUUAGACCAUUUUUCUUUUCCAUGGAGUUUUAGUACAUUUUCUGAGUCUCUGACAUCAAAAACCCAGAUCUUAAUUAUACGUUUUUCUUCAAACCCAAGAAUGUGUUUUUGGUAGUAGUCCUUCUGAUAAUAACAAAAUUUUCCCAUUGGUCUUUACACAAGAAUCUAGAAAAGAAAAUUUCUGACAGAAUGGAAAUAACCCACAAGCUCAAAGUGAUUCUUUUACUAACUCCAAUCACAUUGUUGACUUUUUUCGUAAUUUUCAUCUACUUCUACCGCAAAAGGAGGUUGGAAAAUCAUCAGCAGCAGAAGGAUAUAGAAAAAACAGAGGAUGGUAAACCUGAAGAUGAGAUUCAAGGAGAGGAUUUGAUAACUUUUCAGGGUGGUGAAGAGCUCACAAUUUUUGACAUACUAGAUGCUCCAGGAGAAGUGAUUGGAAAAUCCAGCUAUGGCACGCUUUACAAGGCUUUUCUGCAGCAGAGCAAUUCAGUGAGAUUGCUGAGGUUUCUGAGGCCUGUAUGUGCUACCAAAGCUGAUGAAUUUGAGGAAGCGAUUCGGUUUCUGGGUUGUGUUAGACAUCCCAAUUUAGUUCCUCUUCUUGGUUUUUAUUCUGGGCCAAGAGGUGAGAAGCUUCUUAUUCAUCCGUUUUAUAGGCAUGGCAAUUUGGCUCAAUUCAUCAGAGAUUCCAAUGGUCAAUCUCACAAAUGGGAGACAAUUUACAAGGUCUCAGUUGGUAUAGCCAAAGGGUUGGAUCAUCUUCAUUCUGGUUUACAAAAACCGAUGAUUCAUGGCAAUCUCAGUUCCAAAAACAUACUCUUGGACCGCCCUGGCCAACCUUAUAUCUCGGAUUUCGGUCUCCACCUUCUCUUAAACCCAACUGUUGGACAAGAAAUGCUUGAAGCUUUAGCAUCACAGGGUUACAAAGCACCUGAGCUGAUCAAAAUGAAAGAUGGUUGUGAACAGACUGAUAUUUACAGCCUUGGGGUAAUCUUGCUUGAAUUGCUUACAGGUAAAGAACCCAUAAAUGAGAACCCAACAGCACCCCAUGAGGAUUUCUAUUUGCCAAAUUUCAUGAGGAAUGCAGUUCUUGGGCGAAGAAUUUCAGAUUUGUUCCAUCCGAGUAUACUUAUCAGCAGCAGCGAUGGUGAAAGCCCUGUUACUAAAGAAAGAAUUCUCAAAGUGUUUCAGCUUGCUAUGGCUUGUUGUUCACCAUCUCCAUCACUCAGACCAAACAGCAAACAGAUCUUAAGGAAGCUUGAAGAGAUUGGAAAAUGAGAUUGGAAUUCUGGGAUUUUUGCUCUUUGGAAAUGGAAAAUUUUUCUAUAUUAAUAUGGUCAUGGAAAACAGUGAGAAUGAAAUGGACAUGCAUAGGGGAAAAAAAGUAUAAAAUGGAAUAUGCUCAUUUUGGAGCAAAAAGAAGUCGAAAACUUUGGGCUAUUACACGCACAAGAUUUGUAAGGAAAAUGGUGAUGUUGAUGUUUUGAGGAGUAAGGUCUACAGAGAUGGAUAUUGGAAACAAAAUAUAUUCCAUACCAGCAAUCCAAGAAAAAGGCCAUAAAAUGGGUAACUUUUUUGUCGGAUUUAUUUGUUUGCUUUAUUGCCAAAGCAUCAGCAGCGUGGACGGGGAAACUUCGAUCUGGUCCCAGAUUUUGGAAUCCUGAGUAAUAACACCAUGCUUUUUGGUUGGAACAGUUUUGGGUAGAAGAAACCUUAAGCAUGAAAUCUCUGCAACUCCUAAAGUUCUUAUUAACAUGCUUAUUACAUGUUGGGGUUUCGUAUCAAGUUUGGAUGAUUCUCAAGAUUGUUCUAGGAAGGUUGACAUAGCAUCCUUAAAAUCUUCUUGUUUUUCUUUUUCUGUUCUUUUCUAUUUUUUUAAUUAUUUGAUAGCAUUUUUCUAGACAGUUUGUUGUCAUUUUAUUACCCAAGACUUAGCACAUUGUUACUUUAGUUGUAUAUUUACUGGAAUAGAAUAAUGGAAAUUCAUUACUUCCUUCACUAACACUGUCA